UGCACCGACUUACUCGUUAAGUGAACUUAUCUAAGAAGAGCUUAAAUUUUAAGGCUCCCUUAAAAAUAUAUGCAUUGCACCGUGUCAACUAAACUUCGGCUUAACUAAGCUGCAAUGCAGUACGGCAACAAUGCAAAUUCUAGGACUAUUUUGUUGGAUGCAGUCAUGGUGACAGUUUUUUAAUGUCAUUUGUCAUUAUUAUUAUUGUUUACAAGCUGAUAAUUGCUAAUAAUAAAGAAAAAAGUAUAUUUUUUAAAAGUAAAAUGGAAAAAUCAUUAAAAAGAUCCAGAGGCCCGAAUUAUAGCGAACGGGAGAAACAAGUUUUAAUAAGCAUAGUUUACAAAUAUAAAGAUGUCAUAGAAAAUAAAAAAACAGAUGGGGUAACAAUUCUACAGAAAGAAAAGACCUGGAAAAAGAUUGAAACAGAGUUUAAUGCUAGUUCUCCUGGACUCAUUAAUAGGUCGGCAGAUUCCUUAAAAAAAUAUUACGAUAACAGAAAAAAAGAAUUGAGAAAAGAAAAGGCACAGGAAAAAAUUGAAGUGUACAGAACAGGUGGAGGUCCUUGUGCAAAGCCACCAAAAAUGGAGUCCUCUGAUGAGGUUUUGUUGUCGAUGGUGAAUGAAAAAACAGUAUCUGGCAUUUUAAAUACAUUUGAUGGGGACAGUGAAGUUACAAAUGAGAACUCUUCUCUUACAAAACAUAAAGAAUGGGAGAGUUAUUCUCCAGCAGACUUGAAGAAAAGUCCCAACAGACUUUUAUUGAACGAUAACAUCAGCAAACAAUCUCAAGCAAAAAGAGGAAGACUUAAUAAUAGCAGUAGACGUCGUCCAGCAACUAUUGUUAAAACAUUAACUUCUUCAAAUAUUGCUGACAAGUAUGAUAAGUUGCUGGAUCGAAGGUAA